GGAGCGCGGGCGAGGCGCCGGGAAUGGCUCCGGGAAUGGCUCCGGCAGUGACCGGUGGGGUUCCGCCGACUGCGCCAUCGUUGGGCUCCACGGCUGCCUGGCUGGGCGGCAGCUCCGCUCUCGAUGGAGAGGCUCCCCAGGUUUUGUCAAUCCAUGAUUUACAGACAACUACUUUGACAACUAAAACUGAUGGCAAUGAUGGCAAGACUGAACACCUAGAGUAUAUUGCAUUUGCUUUGGUUCCUGUUUUCUUCAUCAUGGGUCUUUUGGGGAUCCUUAUCUGCCAUGUCCUUAAGAAAAAAGGUUAUCGUUGUACAACGGAGGCUGAAGAAGUAGAAGAAGAAAAACUUGAUGAAAAAAUAGAAAUGAAUGAAACUAUACAUGAGAAUAGUGACACUGUGGGACAAAUAGUUAACUACAUCAUGAAAAAUGAAGCAAAUGCUGAUGUGUUAAAGGCCAUGGUAGCAGAUAGCAGUGUCUUUGAACCUGAAAGCCCUUUAUCUCCUACCUCUCCUGAGAGUCCAAUGAGUCCAGGGACUCCUUUGUCACCCGGUGCUGUUCCGUUCAAGCACAACUGCAAAGCCCAUCACUUCCAUACUGUUGGAGGAGUGGUAGAAAAGGAUGUUUGUACUCGCUGUAGUCACAAACGAUGGCACCUUAUAAAGCCAGCUCACAAAUCUAAAGAGAACAGAAGAAGUCGUAUUGGAGAAGUUACAGUCCUUUCUGUGGGAAGAUUUCGAGUCACAAAAGUGGAGCACAAAUCAAAUUCCAAAGAACGGAAGAGCUUGAUGUCUGUUACUGGCGUGGAGAGUGUCAAUGGUGAUAUGCCUGCCAUGCCUGCGAAACAAGAAGUGAGCGAAGCACCUGCCACGCCAGUGAAACAGGAAAUGCAGGAGAGGAGAAGCUCAGAGAGGAGAAGCUCAGAGUAAACUGCAGGUGGAACUUUUAGAAGAAGCUCGUCUGUGAGCACUUUGGAGAAAACUGAAAACUCCCAGGAGAUGCAUACUAUUUAAGGAAAUGUAUUUAUGGCACUGCAGCAUUUUACAGGUUCUGUGAUGGCAUUCAUGCAAGGUUGAACACUUAAUGGGUUUUGACCAGUAAAAUCAGUAAGAUUUAGACACUUAAAUACCGUUGAGCUGUGUGGACAUCAUACCAAGUGGCUUCGUCUUGGAAAGAAAGCAUACAUACCAGUUUUUGGACAGGAAAGGUAAAAGCCUUAUGAAGUCUUUAAUUUUUUUUGUACUUAGACAAACAUUUCUAGUGAGCUCAAUAUUAAGAGGAAUACAAUGACCCCGUGGAUAAACUGCGUUCACCCCAGUGGUCCAUCUGGAUUUUUCUUCUUCUGUUCUGCCCACUCCAGAAUUGACAAGUGUUUGCUGAGGAUAAAAGCCAGGCUUUGAAGGAUGAAAAUAUUCUUUUAAUCUAACUUCUAGGAGCCAAGUAAAACAUACAAGGAAAUAAUUAUGUCAGCCAAAUCUGCAUCUGUGCCUUUAGUACAUAAGCCCUCAAACUCUGUGAAGGGUACUUCACAGCAGAGUGGUUCAGCUAUAUGCAGAUGUUAAAUUAAAUUGUUGUUUUCCCCCACCCCUUACCUUCUCCUUACUACUUAAUAUAGGCUGAAGAGCAUAUUUUCCUAUGCAGUUAGAUGAGCUCUUGGGAAGAUUACUUUCUUCAAGGCCUUUUGUUCUCCCAUGUUCUUGUAACUACUCACUUGUAUUUGAAGAAUACCUAAUAGUUUUGCUUUUUUUUUGUUGUUGUUUUUACCCACAGGUUCCUUAUUAAGCUAAGGCAGCAUAUUUCAACCCUUAGAUAAGGAUAUGGAAUAUUUGGCAUUAAAAAAUUUAUGGCAUAUAUACUAAAUUGCUUCAGAGUGGCUUUAUUGGACUGAGGGUAGCUGUUUUCAUUGGCACCAAAAUCUUAAGCCAGUGUCACUCCUUUCAUAUUUUAAGUGUGACUUACUGCUAAAAAUACCAUGGUAUUUUGAUGUUAAUUCUUUGUGUCUACUUAUGAUCUCUGCUUUGUCCUAUUACUUGUUCUGGGGAGAGAAAUCUCUGUAAUACUUAGCAAACUUUUCUAUGUAAUAGAAACUGAAAAAUAACAUUUGUUCUGAGUGCCUAAGAAUGUAAGCUCUAAUGUAAUGCAUUUUAGUAGAGAUUGCACUAUAUUCUGAGAACUGUAACUUAAUCUGCUUUAUGAACUCAAUGAAAAUCAGCAUAUGUUUUUGAAAUUGAUUUUUUUUAAAUUAAUACCUUCAAUCUUUUUAAUCCAAGUGCUCUGAACUGUUUCUCCUUCA